GAUUCCUCCGAGUGUGUGUUUACAUUCUACAGCUGAUAUCAGCGAACAACUAGUCUUAGUAGAAGUACAUGUACUGAAAAUGUCUAACCUUGUUGACGUCCACACACAAAUAGCCUCUAUUAUGGAGGUAUUGGCUAACGCAGCAGUGUCCGAAAUUUGCAAAGUAGUAGACGAUGGAUACGCCGUUUUGCGCCUCGAAAUUUCAAAGAGCCAAAACGAGAUCGACACCCUGAAGAAAAAACUGCACAUGACAAGACUCCGCUGUCGGCGCGUGUGUUCGGAGAGACAUGGACCACCAUCACAGGGUUUUGGAAAGCUUUCAUCGCCAAGCUUCCAGAUGCGGAACAGAAUAUUCAACCCCAUUCGAAGCUUACAGAAUAACUGCAAUUCAAAACCAAACGUGGGGCAUGAUUCUAUGUCGAGAAAUCCAAACAGUGAGAAACCAUCCUUGCACAAUAACAUGAGCAGACCUACCCAUGCACAGCAGCAGCCACCAGGCGUAAACAAGCAGGCCAUUGUCAAAGCCGAAGACAAUAACACUGCAGAGUUCCCUGCAUCCAGUCUUUCAAGAGAAAAUUCUGUUGUAGAUGAAGACCGAGACGAAAGUGUGAAAUUGCCUAAGGGAGUCAAUGCAGAGCAGGUCACCUCCCCUCUUAAAUCGGAUGCAGUCAGGAGGACCGGUCACUCUCAGGCUCAACCUCAACCUCAACCUCAACCUCACACCUGGCAGCAGAAUACGGUUGAGGAGACGAGGGAAUCCCAAGAUGGAUCAAGGUUCAGGACCUGGCAAGAAGCUGGUCAGUCCAUACAAGAGCCUUCACCCUGGAACCAGGAACAGCAAAAGUCCGGGUGUGAAACAUCUAAAGCAAGUCUGGAGGACCAUGGACAUUUUUCCACAAACAUGGGCACUUCUGGUAAUGGCAGUUGCAUGCUCUCCACUGGUUCCAUAGACUGGGAGCCAGAUUUGGUACUUGUUGAUUCAGUGCCUAUAAAAGUGGAGACAGACAUGAGUUCUGAUUGGAACAUAACAGACCAUGGGAGUGUUAUUGACAACAGCCCAAGUGCCUCCAAUGUAACACGCCCUUCCUUAAAUCACAGGAGUGAAAUGCUCCCAGUACCUCAACACUUGGCUCAAGUGCACUUGGGAAACCAAGCAGCAGGAUCUCAGCAUCAUGACAGGUCUCAAUCAGGGACCGGUAGCAGCACCUCACCUUUCCGUUGCCUGUCAUGCGGUAAAGUUUUUCACCAAAUGGCACACCUCAAGCGCCACGAGCGUGUGCACACGGGCGAGAAACCUUUUGGCUGUGUCCGCUGUGGAAAGCGCUUUUCCCACCGUCACCAGCUCACAAACCACGUGCGUGUGCACACCGGUGAAAAGCCCUUCAGGUGCAUCCACUGUGGCCGUCACUUCACGCAGUCCAGCCACAUGAAGAGGCACCUGAGUAUUCACACAGGCCAGCCACGGACCCACAGCUGUGCCUCCUGCGGCAGAUGGUAUACAACACAGGGCAGCCUCAUCAGGCACCAGAGGAAAGGGUGCAAUGUCCUGAGUUAGCGCUGUAUUAGCUAUUAGCUGUUUGAAUUCUUGGAAUAUCUCUAACCAAACCACCAUUACACACUCAAGGCUAAUUUGUUACAUCACAUUUUGUCUGUCACAAAAAAAAAUUGAGCCAUGCAGAAACUGGAAACAUUUCUGGCAAAGGCUGCUGUUGGUGGUAUUGUUUGAGCAGUGCAGUGGUGUUUGUUUCAUACAGAGUCAAGUCUGUGCAGUGACUGAUGUUGUGUUCUCUACACGGCUCAUAUUGAACCCUCAGCAAACAGCUAUUGUUUAGAAAUGUAACUGAUUUGAUUACGUAUGGUAUUUAAAUUGAAGGGCAAUGGUUUCAGAAGACUGAGCUUGGCAUCUCAUUUGUUUCACACCCCAAAAAAUAGGACUGCGACUGGAAUGGUUUUUGCCUAUGAGAUUUUAGAAACAUGCAAAAUCUUUCCUAAUAUGACAUACUGUAUUAGGAAUCAUUUUUUACUUUGUGUUUUUGAAGGUGGGACGGUUACUGAUUUACAGAUUUAAUAUAGAAUUCAGUAUUUUUUUUAAAAAUGUUUUGCUGUAUGAAAUGGUAGGCCAUGUUACAGAUUCACGAGCUAAAAUAAAUGUGAUUUUAAUAGUUUCAUUUG